CAAGACAUUUGUUAUUUAACAAUUUAUUCAUUAGACAUCUAAUAUUGUAAUGUUCGCGUAAUUUUGUGAGUUAUUAUGCAAAUUUCAAUUUAUUGCGGACAUUUCCAAUAUCCCUGCUGCUUUAUUCAUAUUCGCUAUGCAUAUGUGCAUUAUAGAACUGUUUUUAUGUAAAUGCAUGUAUAUAUUUAUUUAAAAAAAAAACUUAUCCGUAUUUAUCGAAAAAUUAAGGAUAUUUCAAUUUCUUUAUUUGAAAAAAGUAUUUUUUAUAACGGUGUUGUUCGCGUAAUUAGAUGCGGCCAUUCAACGGUUGACAGUUUUAGCUGUAAAAUUCUGGUGAGCGGUAACAAAGAAAUUAAAGGCAGGUACAAUUUUAUAUUCGUUAUCACACUGUAUUUAUGAUAUCAGCGGGAGGUUUUACAUAUUAUUAUUAUUAUUAUUAUUACAUGUGAUCAUAUUAUUUUUCUGAGCCCGAUUCUAUUUAUUUACGUCAUGCGUUAAUGACGUAACACUACUGACAUCGUUUCUAUGAUCACGACGUUUUGAUUAACGACGUGGAAAUUUGCAGCAUUUCCUUAGACGGCUUAGACGAUUAUUGUGAGAAAAUUCAAAAUAUUAUACUCAAAAUGGGUUGUUGUCUUGGAAAAAUUAAACCGAAAAAGAACAGUGUUUCACAUUCUAACAUGGAAGCGGAAAUACGUCAAAGAAUUUCCGGAAACUCGGCAAAAGUUAAGGCUCGUGAGCAAAUGAACUCUGCAGACAUGGUUAACCAAUUAAAGGAUGCUGAUGUUGAGCAGACUAAAAUCACCAAAGGCGGCGUUUCAUUCACUCUGGAUUUCAAAAGUGGUGACCCGACGAGGAUGCCAUCUAGACUGGCCGACCAACUGGACGGGGCUCUAACCCCAGUCGAAGACGAGAAAGAGGUACAUUACACGACCAGUGAAAAGGAGCUGCUCGCAGAGUUGUUACGUGAGGAUAUUUUACGGGAGAAGAGUGUCAAAGCUCGUAGAGAUGUACAUCUGUAUGACGCAGCAAGACGCCGUGCCGCGUACAAUACUUAGACAGGGACUUAGGGUCCAUUCAGGGACUUAGGGUGAAAAAGAAAAGAAAGAAGAGGAGUUCAGGACAUACAUUUUUGUUUAUCUGCAUGUGUAUGAUAAUGUAAUCAUUUGUAUAGAAAGUAUUAUUCACGUUUUGCAAAAAUAAAACACCAAACUCA